AUGGCAGAUACCCCUAUGCCAGAAAGGAAUGCUGCUGCAGGUCAAGGUGAUUCUGACGACGCACCUGUUGACGGCAAAAGCGGCUCUCGGCCAGUCCCACGGGGAAGCGCCUUCUACAGUCGACGGCGAGCCGUGAAAGCGUGCCAAGUAUGCCGGGCUCGGCGGACCAAAUGCGAUAACCGCAAGCCUUCGUGUUCCUUCUGCCUCAAGGUUGGCGCCAAAUGUAUCCAGUCACCUGUGGACCUUUCCACCUUUGACCCGGCCAGCCUGAAGAUCCUGGAGCGGCUGGACGACUUGGAGAGGACCAUGAAGACCAUGACUAUCACUGGCCAGACAAGAGUUCCGCCAGUGGCAGCGAAAUCAACGACGGCCGAGCUCGUUCCCCCCGGUCCAGAGCAUAUCGUCAAGUGGAAUGUCUUUGCUGACCUUUGUCAGGCCCUGGACGGGGUUGGGCUUGCAGAGUCCGAGUCCGCUACGUCAAGCCACCAUCAACUCCCAUCACUGUCAUCACCAUCUCCUCCAUCGCCAAUAGCAGAUCUCACGACCGAGCUCGAACUUUGCCGGGUAAACCAACUGCUCGACAACUUCUUUAAUCAUGUACACGUAAAAAACCCCAUCCUUGAUGAACAGCCAGCCCGGCACACGGUACAAUCAGUUGUUUUAAACGGCAUCGACUGGUCGGCAGAGUCAUGCCUGACACUCCUGAUAUGUGCUCUCGGCUUUAUCGGGCGACCAUUCGGGCCAAUGCUCGAAACAAUGCCCGGAACGAGUGCGUACGCAAGCGCAAAGAUGCUGUUCCUCGCCGCCCAACGGCGUAUCGGCAGUGUAUUAUGCUCCGAAGACAUCGUUGCCACGCAGUGCCUGUUUCUGUCCGGCGUGUACAUGAUGUGCAUGUUCCAGCCCGUCAAGGCCUGGCGUUUCUUUGUGCAGGCGCUCGCCUCUUGCCAGCAGCUCUUCUUCCUCAACUCGCCACCGUCUCCCUAG